AUGUGGACUCAGGUUGUGGGCUCCAGCAAACCCAUCAUAGACGGCCGCCUGUUUUGUUACGGGGGAAGAAUUCAUUGCCCAGGCAUGUUAGACACAGGGGCAGAUGUCACCAUCAUCGCCCGCUCCGAGUGGCCAGACAUGUGGGUUGAUCAGUGGCCCCUAUCUGAGACAAAAUUGCGCACACUGGAAGCCCUCAUGGAGGAGCAGCUUGCCAAGGGCCACAUCACGGAGUCCAAUAGCCCUUGGAACUCGCCUGUCUUUGUCCUACGCAAACCAGGCAAGGACAGGUGGGGACUCCUCCACGACCUUAGGAAGAUCAAUGAUGUCAUCAAGGACAUGGGACCCCUUCAGCCUGGUAUGCCCUCCCCUUCUAUGCUCCCUCGGGACUGGAAGCUGGCCAUCAUUGACAUCAAGGACUGUUUUUUCCACAUACCCCUCCAUCCUUGAGACUCCCCCAGGUUUGCAUUCUCAGUUCCCUCCCCAAAUAGACAGGCGCCUUUAAGGAGGUACCAUUGGCUAGUCCUCCCGCAAAGGAUGAAAAACUCGCCCACCAUCUGCCAAUGGUAAGUAGCCCACAUCCUGUCACCUGUGAGGGCCCUGUUCCCAGAUGCCAUCAUCCUCCAUUACAUGGAUGACAUCCUGGUUUGUGCUGCUGACGAUGACUAUCUGCACCAGACUUUAGGACAAACCACCCAGACAAUUGAGGACGUGGGGUUUGAAAUCUGCAAAGACAAGAUCCAGCACACCUGCCCUUGGACCUACCUGGGACUCCGGAUUUGUGAGCAGACCAUUGUGCCCCAGCAGCUGACCAUCAGAGAAGACCCCAAGACCCUGUGGGACUUACAUCAGCUCUGCAGGUCCAUCAACUGA